CCCACGCGAUAACGGCACCUGCCACAUGGAUGUAUAUAAAGUGCCUGCUAUCCACCCCUUUGGCACACUCGAGCCGUGUCCCGCCCGAGACUGACAGAUACGGUGAUUGACCGGCAUGGCCUUCUUCGCUCGAGUUAAGUCCUAUAUCCGGGGCCAAGAGACUGUGCCCGGGGAGGCAAAGCUGCUUCGAAAAAUUGAUGCAUUCAUCUUGUCGUUUUGUUGUCUCUGCUAUUUCGCCAACUACUUGGACCGCAGUAACCUCAACAAUGCAUACGUUUCAGGCAUGAAAGAGGAGCUCAACUUCAAGGGGAACCAGCUCAAUGUCAUCAAUACUGUCUUUACCGUUGGUUAUAUCGUUGGACAGGUUCCCUCCAAUCUUGCACUAACCUACCUACGACCGCAUCUGUUCUUCCCGGCUAUGAUGCUGAUCUGGGGUAGCCUCACCAUGAUCACCGCGGCAGUGCAUAAUCCUCAGGGUAUUAUGGCUAUCCGCUUCUUCUUGGGAUUGGCCGAGUCAAGUACUUUCGUCGGCACGCACUAUAUACUCGGCUCCUGGUACACAGAAAAGGAGCUGGGCAAGCGUAGUGGCAUUUUCACUGCAUCCGGUCUGGCGGGAACGAUGUUUGGCGGUUUCAUCCAGACCGGCAUUCAAAAGUCCCUUAAUGGUGCCCACGGAUUGGCGGGUUGGCGAUGGCUUUUCAUUAUUGACGGCCUGAUCACUAUUCCCAUUGCCAUCUACGGUUUCCUAUUGUUCCCCGACACCCCAACGACCACGAAAGCCCCCUAUCUGACCUCUGAAGAGCGGGCCAUGGCCAUCGCGCGCAUCCCAGAGUCCAGCUCCGUCAAAGUUCCCCUAAAUCUGACGUUCGCCAAACGCAUCUUCACCUCCUGGCACUGGUACGGCUUUGUGAUUCUCUGGAUCAUCGCCGGAGAGACAGAGUCCUUCUCUAGCAAUGCCCUGCUGGCACUCUACAUGAAGUCAUCCCCGUCUCACAAAUACACCGUCUCCCAGUUGAACGACUACCCAACGGGUGUGCCCGCGGUAGGAAUCGUUUCCACGCUAUUUUGGGCCACUUUGACCGAUUUCAUGGGCGGUAAGCGGUAUUUAGUCGGAUACUUUAUUGCCAUCACUGGGAUUGUGACAUCCGCUAUGAUCUUGACUCAAUUUGAGAAAACUGCCGUCGUAUUUGCUGCAUACUACUGGGCUGGAGCGGUAUAUGCCUGCCAGGCAACAUUCUUUGCAUGGUGCAAUGAUGCCAUGCGUUAUCAGGAUGACCGGUUCCGGUCCGUGGUCAUUGCCAGUAUGAACAUGGGCAGCAAUGCGGUGAAUGCUUGGUGGAUUCUGCUUUUCUACUCGGCUAAUAUGGCACCUCGAUUCACCAAGGGUAUGUGGGCCAUGAUUGGAUGCUCGAUUGCGUUGGCGCUUUGGACGACGGGUAUCGUUUUGAUGACCGUGCGUGAGGAGAAGAGCAGAGAAGGCCGGGAACUUCGGAUUGGCGAUAGCGAUGCUAAGCAAAUCGAGGAGACCACUAGGGAGGUUUGAUUGUGAUCAAUUGAGAUCUAAUAAUAAUACAUGUUGUCCAUUUCAUCUGAGAAACGCGAGAUGCCUAUCGAUUUUACUGCCAUCUCUAACUUAGAUAUUCCACGAGCGUGGCUGCUCGGAGGAUUCCGUAACAGAGAUCUACUCUCCCGGAACGGCAAUCCCAGACACAUCCUUGCAGGUCUUCAGUAAUUCCUCCUGCUUGCUCACAUUGCCAGCCCCCGGAUGCGCCGACUUCGCACCGCUCGUCGUAAAGAAUGUCCCACUAGGUAACCCAGCCAAUUUACCUUCCCCAAUCGCCCAUUCUGCCAGAGCCUUGGCAGGCUUAUCCAUACCACCUGGGGCCAUGCUACCUCCCAUCUUAGUCCUGACCCAACCGGGAUGCAUGCUCACCACCUGGAUAUCACCACCCCACCGUCGAGCAAAGGCGUUAGCAAGCAUCACAUCGUGAAGCUUGCUGUCACUGUAUGAAUGGGACUGCGUAACAUUCCGUAAACUCUCAUCUCCACCAUAAUGGCUAUCCGAGCUCAUGUAAAGAAGCCGUGACGUGGGCCUCUUCAUCAGGCAGGUCAGGAUGUACGGCGCUAAAGUGUUGACAGCGAAGACAGCCGAGAUGUUGUCUGCGGUGAUCUCGCGACUAGAGGUUGAGCCAUAGCCAAUGCCCGCGUUAUGAAUGAUUGCAUCGAAUGUUCCACUUCCCAAGGCGUUGGCUUCUUGAGCGAGUUUCUUCGUCUCUGAGAUGGAUCGCAGGUCGCCGAUUAGGACGGCUUCUGCUCUAGGAACUGCUUUCUGAGUUGAAGCUGCACGGUCGGCGUUUCGGGCAUGAAGAACGACUGAAUGUCCCUGAUCUGCGAGAAUCUUUGCGGCGGCUUGGCCAAUACCAUCGCUUGAACCGGUGAUGAAUAUCCGAGCCAUGGUGGAGGGGAUUGCGUGAAAUGAGUUCUCUUGGAAGUGUGUAAAUUGUAGGGAAAAAAUAUGGUUAACGGUGAGAUGAUA